AACAACACAACAAGCGCAUGCCUAGGCUGGCCACAUCAGAUCCAUCUAACUAUGCCCUCUUUGUCUUCGGUGCAUUCACAUCCUCGUCCUUCACCACGCCCGGCUUCGUCGCCUGCAGAGCUGGGCACCCCGUGCUCUCUGCACGCCGACCGCGACAACAACAAGAUGCUCCCCGCCUCAUGACCCUACUUGACCACGAUAUCUAAGCUGGGAGCUGGUCAAACUCUGGGAAUCUUCUGCCUCCAUGUCUGACCACUCUCGCCAGCCCGCUCCAGACGGGCUUUCAUCGACGAGCCUCCCGCCAAUUCAAACAUCUAUUCCAGACUCGAGUUCUGCCGGAAAGCCAACAGCCCAAAAUGGAGAUGCUACUCCACUCAGUCGUGCGUCCUUGGAUAGCACCACGAGGAAAUCCCCAGUCCAGGGCAGCCAUCAGCGUUUCGUCUUCACCGACCCUGUCGCCUUCCGCUAUCUCGAAGAAGACCCGUCUACUCAAGUCCUAGCUCGUCGACAGACGUUGGAGGGAUACGAAAUCUACUUGGUAGAGCAAUGGGCUUGCUCCCGUACCCACCCAACCUUCAUAGUCACCACCUAUACCGGAGACCCGGCACACAAAGUCGUCACCAAUGUGUUGAGCAUUCCGACAGAUGAAAGCACUUGGUCCCCUCAACUCAGGGUCUACUUCAAGGCCCUGAAUCAAUACCACGCGCGGAGGAGGGAGACGAAGCAGGGAACACUGAUGAUUACAAACAUGAGCAGCUUCCCUUCGUCCUUAACGGUCAUAUCGGUGCCGGACGGAGACCCCAAGGCACACCGUGAGCUCUUCUUUGUAAAUGAGAACCUCAAGAGGCUGAAUUGCUCCGGACGGUUGGGGAUCAAACUUGCGGAACCAAGCAAUGCAGCCAAGGCCAAGUUCCAUCAACUCUACCGGACAAGUGACAAGAUUCCCCUAUAUGGCGCCGUAAUCGAGCUUGUGAAACUGUGCCAGGUCGCAUUGGUCCUCUUCGGGAAGCUUGAGCCCGAGUACGCCGAUGGUCUACUCUGCGAUGUUACUGAGAAAGCCAUCAACGACUGGUGGGUAGAAUUUGGAACGGAGUUCUAUAAUAUUGAGCCUCAGGAUGGUAUCCUUGGACCUACUACUGUGGCCGCCUUGUUAGGGAUGCUUAUGGGCGCUCGCAAUCGACUAAGUGCGUUCAAUGCGCCUGUUUCUAAGGACGUCUUUGAUAUCGAUUCGACGAAGCGCGGCAUUGCACACUUUCAAAAGUCUCAACGAUUGCAACGAACGAGGCGUCUGGACCGCCAGACUAUGGAGGUCCUACGACGAGCAACGGCCAAGGCAGCUAGUGGAGAGGGGUGGAGCGUACCACGAGCAGUGAAAUCGACAGUGGCAGAGCUUAGUGGAAAAGGAGGAGAAAUGAUGAUGGGAAUGGUGGGCCGCGACAAAGCUGGGAUUGCGGAGGUUGAGACCGUGGAUCUGGAAAGAUUUGUCGAACUUGUCCACGGAGAGCGAGCGAAAUGGCUUUGGUACGGCAAAUUACGGAAGUCUACGACUAACGACAUGUUUAGUCGACUGCCAGAGGAAGAGAGCAUGAUAUUCCAGAAGGACGAUCAAGGUGGUUAUGCUUGGUCAAGACAGAGGAGAGAGUCUAUGGUGGACAGCCAACCUAUACGACGACGCGAUACGGAAGGAGAUCGACUCACAGACGUGCAUUCGGCGUAUGAUGGUUUUGAGAGGGAUCCGUUCUCUAAACGCGCGGUUCUGAGGAAGGCUACCGGGAAAAUUGAUGCUCGCAGCGGAUUUGGUCGUAUCAAGGAAGCUGUCGGACGGCGGAGUCAUCUACCAAAGUCGUCGAAAGAUGAAAAUGGAUAUAUCGCUACACAAACUAAACCCAGCGAUAGCUCUGCUUCCCAACGAUUAGAUGCGAUUGUAUCCGAAGAUUCACUGACGAUUAGAAAGACGGAUUCUAGAGACUCAGCAUACGAUCCUGAAAGCGUGCCAAAUUCAACGACCUCACUUCGUGGCAAAGGUUCUUUUCGUACGGAGCUUGGCCCGGCGAUUGCAAAGACGUUAACGGAGACGUCUCUAGAGAGUCGGGACGCAUUCAUGACAGACCAUACAUUUGCCAAUGUCGAGGAUCAAAUCGAAGGCGAUGUUGCGCGAAAAGACGACACAGAUAACGAGACAAAACCGCCCACGGCCAACACCUCUAUCGCGGGCUCGGUGUACAGAGGGGUCGAUCUUACCAACCUCUUUCCGCCCAUCGACGCGGGUCAAGAUUUGGGGCACCUGCUGCGCAGGACCCAGAGCUUUGAAGACCUUUCUCGGUAUCAUGCCGAGACGCGAAACGACGCCUGGUGGCCUCGUCAUUUGUCUUUUAGCGUGACUGAGGACAGUAUCCUCACUUGGAAGCCAAUCGCGAGCGAACGCCAGGACGAUCCAGAUUCAAAAGUGUCCCCUAAAGUCGAGAUGAAGAGACAAUUGGCCCUGGCUGAAGAUGCGAAGCGUAUGCGUGAACGUUUGGCAUUGCUGGACAAUCUUGAAGGUUCUUGGGUAGAGGAGCGUAUUGGCAACAUUCAAGAAUUGAGCACUCAAGCAGACCUCGAUACUCAAGAACUUGAUACUCUAUUCUAUCCGCGCCAAGACGAGUAUGAAGCUCUCCGAGAGGACGCACAUGAGAUCAUGACGACGGAGCGAUUAAGAUUGCAAGAUGCCGCCAAAGAUAUGGAAGUUCUCGGCGCAAAACUGGAAUAUGAGAUAAACGGCUUGAGAAGCAGAGUCGACGACGCAGAUGACGCCCUGGCAGAAUACGAGAGGCAGGUCAAGACGGUCGAAGAUAAAGUCAAGGAACUAGAGGACUUUAGAAGGGAAAAGGAGAACUGGGCUCAUUGGAUGUUACGCAUCAUGACAGGCAUCGGAAGGCCACCUGAGCCUUCUCCAUAACGUACACGAGAGAAGAGAUGUAAGACUGUAAGAUUCAUCGGCCUGGAUCAGGGUCCGAAUGUACCUACUAGGUAGCGUAAUUGUAAUUCAUCGUUCU